AUGGCUCAAGCAGAGGGGGCCCCGGGCCCCUCAAGGGAUGAAGAGUUGCGUCAGCGGCUGCAGCGGCUUGAGAAGGAGCGUCUGGCUCUUACAAACACUAUAGCAGAGCUGCAGCAAGACACCAGCGACCACCAGUUGGUCUUAGAUGCCUUCAAAGACCUCGAGCCUUCCCGCCGCUGCUAUCGGCUGGUCGGCGGUGUUUUAGUAGAGAGGACUGUCGGGGAGGUGCAGCCGGCUCUCGAGCAACACAAAGCAACUGUGGGGGAGGCCCUGAAGGGGCUGGAGAAGCAGCUAGCUACGGUGCAACAGCAGCUAGCUGCAGCUAGCCAGGAGUAUGUCUCUCGCACGGGCUCAGCAGACGUGCCGCAUCUGCAGCAGCAAGCAGCAGCAGCAGCAGCAGCAGCAACAAAGGGUAAGAAAGAAGCUGGAGGCGUGCUGGUCUAG